AUGGAGUGUGCUCCUUGUCCUGUAAUUGAAACAUUUGACAAUAUUGAUGAUAUGACAUGGGCUUGGAAAACCGUCCAUGAGAACAUCUUAAACGAACACCUGUCAGAAAGGAUAGCUAAAGUUCGCUCCAACAGUUUACCAUGGAUGAACUCUCAUAUACGGAAAACUAUGAAAAGGCGAUUCAAAACCCUCAAUCUUGCAAAGGAAACUGGUACUAAAAAAUCAUGGGAUGAAUAUCAAAACCUUAGGAAUGAAGUUACUUAUCUCCUGAGGACUGCUGAAGCAAAUUACUGGAAAGAAAAGUUCGAACUUUUGGAGGCUGGUCGGAAAAUUAACUAA